GAUGCCAUUGCAGAUGCUGGAUGCCAUCCAAGGUCUGACCGCCGGGAGCCCGUACCCCGCCCUCGCCACGUCCCUCCCUUGAGCUCCUCCUCCCCGCCCGUGCAUCUCCGGUAGCGGCUCUUCAGUGCUCCGUUCUGCUGUCCUGCGAUGAUGCUUUCCGCGCUACGCCGUCUGGCUUGGAGAACGCUGGUGCCGCCGCCAGCAACCAGACGCACGGGGAAGAGGAAGAGCAGCGGCGCCGCAGGGAAGCUGCUGAGCUCCGGGGAGGCCUUUGCGCUCCUGCCCCACCGCGGUAUAUGCGGCACGUGGAGCCGCCUGGCGAAGCAACAGGUCACCCCAGGCGGAGGCACUGGAGGGCUUCAAGGCUCUGCGUCCAGGGAAAUAAUUGAGAGCUCAAGAAAAGCCCUGAGUUUACUGCAGAAAGAACAUCCAACAUUUAAGCCAACACUUUCUGUUGUACAGGUUGGCAAUGAUGAUUUGGAACAAGAAAUCAGAAAUGUUGCUGAAGAGAUUGGUCUGAAUCUGGUUCAUAUUUGUCUUCAUCAUGACUGCACUGAAAAUGAGAUUGUUGAUGAAAUCACAAAGAUCAAUGAGGAUUCUAAAAUUCAUGGUGUUCUCCUUCGCCUCUCUAAGGAGUCAUACACGAGCAAAAUACUGAAUGCUGUGAAACCAGAGAAAGAUGUGAAUGGAAUAACAGAUUUUAAUUUGGCAAGGCUAGUGCAUGGAAACAUGCAUGAAUGUGUGGUUUCCCCUGUUGCCAACGCUGUGGUCCAGCUUCUUGAAAAACUAGCAUGUGCUUCCCUAGAUGGAAAAAAGGUGUUGCUGUUGGCAGUUCAAGGACCUUUGGAAGUUUCUUUGCAGUGCCUUCUUCAAAGGAAAGGGGUUGUGACUAUGAGCUGCCCGUGGGAAGUGAAGGAACUUCAAACAAUGCUUCAUGAUGCUGAUAUGGUAGUAGUGGGGAAUACCAAACCCAAAGAGAUUCCAGUUUCAUGGAUGAAAUCUAAGAUGACCACUGUGGAUUGUUCACAUGACAUUUUAUGGGGACAUUAUGGCUCCAGUGAACAGCUUGUGAAGCACAGUGACCAGGCUUCUGGUGAGGAUGUAGGGCAUCUGGCAGUGGCAAAAUGCAUGCAGAACUUGGUUAAGAUCAGUGAGCGAUGGAUACAGGCCCAACAGUAUAAGAAUUGGAAUCUCCGUUGCUUGAAACUACAGCCACUUUCACCUGUCCCCAGUGAUAUUGAGAUUUCCCGAGCACAGAGUCCCAAAGCUGUUGAUGUCCUUGCCAGAGAGAUAGGAUUGCUCACAGAUGAAAUUGAAAUCUAUGGCCAAACCAAAGCCAAAGUACGUCUGUCUCUGCUGGAAAGGUUAAAGGAUCAGCCAGAUGGAAAAUACGUGCUGGUUGCUGGGAUUACACCAACCCCUCUUGGAGAAGGGAAAAGCACUGUGACAAUUGGUUUGGUUCAAGCUCUGACUGCUCACCUUAAAGUGAAUUCCUUCGCCUGCUUGAGGCAGCCCUCUCAAGGACCUACUUUUGGUGUUAAAGGUGGAGCAGCAGGGGGUGGAUAUGCUCAAGUCAUACCAAUGGAAGAGUUCAACCUUCACUUAACUGGAGAUAUUCAUGCCAUUACUGCAGCAAAUAAUUUGCUGGCUGCUGCCAUAGAUGCUAGGAUUUUGCAUGAAAACACUCAAUCUGAUAAGGCCUUGUACAACAGAUUGGUUCCAUUAGUACAAGGGGAGAGGACAUUUUCACCCAUACAGCUUGCACGUAUGAAAAGAUUGGGGAUAACAAAAACAGACCCUGAUACUUUAACAGCAGAUGAGAUUAACAGAUUUGUACGACUUGAUAUAGAUGAAUCUACAAUAACAUGGCAAAGAGUGGUAGACACAAAUGACAGAUUUCUUAGGAAAAUAACAAUUGGGCAAGCCAAUACAGAGAAGGGAUUUUCUCGUCAGACUCAGUUUGACAUAGCCGUUGCAAGUGAAAUCAUGGCAAUCUUAGCCCUGACCAGCAGUCUGUCAGAUAUGAAAGAGAGACUGGGGAAAAUUGUUGUGGCUAACAACAAAAAAGGAGAACCAGUGACAGCAGAAGAUUUGGGAGUAACUGGUGCCCUUUCUGUUUUGAUGAAGGAUGCAAUUAAGCCAACAUUGAUGCAAACAUUAGAGGGUACUCCAGUUUUUGUACAUGCUGGACCUUUUGCAAAUAUUGCUCAUGGUAACUCUUCAGUUUUGGCAGACAAAGUUGCCCUUAAAUUGGUUGGCAAAGAAGGAUUUGUAGUAACUGAAGCUGGGUUUGGUGCUGAUAUUGGGAUGGAGAAAUUCUUCAACAUCAAAUGCAGAGCUUCUGGCUUGGUUCCCAGUGUGGUUGUGCUUGUUGCUACAGUGAGGGCUUUGAAGAUGCAUGGAGGUGGGCCAAGUGUAACUGCUGGUGCCCCUCUUAAGAAAGAAUAUACAGAAGAGAAUCUCAAGCUGGUGUCUGAUGGCUGCAGUAACUUACGGAAGCAAAUAGAAAUUGCACAACUCUUUGGCGUUCCAGUUGUGGUUGCUCUGAAUGUUUUCAGGACGGACUCUCCUGCUGAGAUUGAUUUAGUCUGUGAGAUUGCCAAGCAGUCUGGUGCUUCUGAUGCUGUGGCUUGCUAUCAUUGGUCAGAUGGGGGCAGAGGAGCUGUGGAAUUGGCUCAGGCUGUAAGAAGAGCUGCUAAUCAGAAGAAUAGCUUCAGAUAUCUGUAUGACCUGCAGCUUCCCAUUAUUGAAAAAAUAAAAAUUAUAGCACAGAACGUCUAUGGAGCUCAAGAUAUAGAGCUGUCUCCUGCAGCACAAUCUCAGAUAGCUCGUUACAGUCAACAGGGAUUUGGAAAUCUACCCAUAUGUAUGGCCAAAACUCACCUGUCCCUCUCGCACAUGCCUGAGAGGAAAGGCGUCCCCACUGGCUUUAUUCUGCCUAUUAGUGAUGUGCGGGCCAGCAUUGGAGCUGGCUUUAUUUAUCCACUGGUAGGAACGAUGAGCACUAUGCCAGGAUUGCCUACGAGGCCUUGCUUCUAUGAUAUUGACCUGGACCCUGAAACAGAACAAGUCAAAGGGCUGUUUUGAACACAAGCUGAAAAUCAGACUUCUGAAAAUACAAACAGCAGCGUUCAUGUUUCCUGAAGUAUGAGACAAGCAUGAAUUUGAAGAAUGCCUAUAAACAUAUCUCUGGAAGAAUACUGUGGAUAGACCAAAACACAAAUACACACACUGCUCUGAAACCUUUUUAUAAUGAGAAACAGUCUAAUGCAUAACAACCAAAGAAAAUCAGUACAAACUAAUUUAUUCUAAAGAUUAAUGUAAAGGGAUGUUUUGUGAAACAUGUGUUGCGUACACAUUGAUUGUAUGUUCUUGCAGGGGAGGGAAAGGCGAAGUGGUAUGAACAGAAAGAAGACAUUUUCCAUUCUUAAAGUUUUAUAUUCCCUAUUUGAGUCAUAAAACCAAACUGUUUUCUCACCUGUAGCAAUUUGGAAAAUCCACAUUAAAAAGGUAAUGCUGCUUGA